AUGUUUGACCAUGCCUUCAUAAAGGUUCUUGAGUCAAGAUCAAACUUCUUCCUGGCAAACCUCUUCCGGAUUCACUCACCUCGCGUUGAACUUCAACUAGCACACACCGUCACCCCGGAAGCGCAACUUUAUCUAUACGUACUUCAAACACUCGAUGGCGGACCUCCACGCAACAGUGAGGCAGAUGAGCACGGCCAACCUAUUGUCGUUCUCGACCCGAUUCCCUCGUCUGACCCUAAUGAACCUCUAAACUGGAGCACGAUGCGCAAAUCUGUGAAUUUCACGAUUGUCUUGGCCAUGACCAUACUCAUCUUCACGGCACUCAAUAUUCAAGCCAUCUUUUGGCAGCAGAUGGCCACUGAUAUGAAAGUCACCUACACCGAAUUAAACAACGCGAUGUCGGUAAAUUUCGUCGGUCUCGCAACUGGCUGUAUCUUCUUUAUUCCAUUUGCGAAAAAGUACGGCCGGCGACCAGUCUACAUCGUUUCAACGGCAGUGAUGUUGGCAACAUCAUUUUGGUCAUCCAAAAUGAACAGUUUGACAGAGCUGUAUGUGACCAACUUGCUGCAGGGUUUGGCUGGUGCAACCAACGAGUCGAUAGCUGAGAUAACAAUUGUCGACUUGUUCUUUUUGCACCACCGAGGAAGUAUGAAUGGUCUAUACCUGACAUGUGUCAUGAUUGGGAGCUUCCUGACCCCCAUGGCUGCAGGGGCGCAAGCCACAGAGCACGGCUGGCGCUCGUCCUAUCAGACCAUGGGGAUCUUCAAUAGUAUCCUUUUUGUCAUCUUCCUCUUUAUGUACGAAGAAACGAAAUACAUUCCUGCCAUCACUGGGCAAGCCGACCCUACCCUUGAUGAAGACGAUCCAGCUAUCUCAAUCAGAGAAGAUAAUCUGGAUAAAUUUGACUCAGCACCCGCGACCAAAUGCCCUCCUAUAAUUGAACAGGCUCAUUCCCACCGUGUGCUAGACCUUACCAUACCGCAGAACUCAUGGCGCAAGCGACUUGCUCUGGUAACGCCAACACCAGAACCAAUCUGGCCGCACUUCUACAGCCCUUUCUGCGUGCUCAUUUUCCCGGCCGUGGCAUUUGCCGCCAUUCAAUACGCAGCUGGAGUAGCCUGGUUGACUGCAACCUCGAGUGUCCUGUCACUUGCAUUCCCAGAGCCACCAUACCUCUUCUCCCCUGCCCAAAUCGGAUACACCAGCGCUGGUCCCCUGAUCGGGAACAUUCUCGGUGCAGUAUACGGCGGGUUCCUCGGUGAUCGGUCGAUUUUGUACUACGCAAAACGGAAAAGGGGCUAUUACGAGCCCGAGAUGCGGUUGUACAUAUUACAUCUUCCGGCCAUUUUUAUGGCAGGCGGUCUUAUUAUGUUCGGUGCAACGAUCUCAAGGGGAAUGCACUGGAUCUGGCCAAACAUCGCAGGCGCCUUCUUCGGGUUUGGUUUGGGAAGUAUUAGUGAUGCUGCAUUGGUGUUAGUCAUGGACAGUUACAAAGAGAUCACUGGUGACGCUUUCACUGCUGUGGCGUUUAUGCGCAAUGCGGUUAGCAUCGGCAUUCCAUUCGCGAUAUCUCCAUGGAUCCAGCGCAAUGGCAUACAAAAUAUGUUCAUAGCGUGCGGAAUGAUGAGUUUAGCCAUUACUGGCACAAUCAUUCCAAUGAUCAUUUGGGGCAAGUCUGCUCGGCGCGCAUUGAGAGGCCGAUAUCUCGAUAUCGUGGAGCGUGGGCAUUCGGUUUGA